UGGAGGCUACAGAAAAUAAAACGAAUACUCAAUCUGAAAACUCUGUCGAUAGUUCAAGCAAUGAAAAUAAUAUUCCCGCUCGUCUCAGACGCUUGAAAAUCCAGCAGAAUAUACUUCAGAAAGGAAUCAAGCAUUUAUAUUCAAAAUUGCUGGAAUAUGAUUCUUCUAUCGGAAAUAAUAUUCUAUGCGGCGAUAAUGAUCACAUAUAUUUCAAAAAAAUCAAGAAAAUGUUUACAGAAAUUAAAAAUUUAUAUGAGGAGAUAAGAUUUCUUACUGAUGAAACAAAUAAAGGCAAAUCGUCGGAUAUUGAUGAAAUACGAAAGAAUAUUCUCUUAUUGGAAACGAAAAUCAAGGAGCUCAAAAAAUUUAUGCAAUCUGAAUUAGAAACUCUGGGUAAAGAAGAAUUAUCAUUGAAUGAUCAACAAAAACAAAUCAAUAAUAGAAAAGUGAAGUCAGCAACAAUAACAAUUCCAAAUAAAAUUAUUGCACCGAGUCCUGUGAAGGUCCUUAUCCAAUCUCCAUUUAAAUGUUUGGAAGUCCAACAGUUUCAAGAAUUUAUGAAACAUAAUAAAAGAUUCGGAGGGUGGAAUCAAUACGAUCAUAAUCAGUUUAUUCAAAUUUGGAAUGCCUAUUACACCAGCGAUCUAAACAUUUCGCAAGGAAUUGAUAUCAAUAAUUCUGAAAUGUGUGAUCAUCUUAUUCAAGACCUAAUGACAAAAAUAAUAGGUACUAAUCGAGAAGACAUAAUUUCGCACAUUCAGUGGUACACACAGUAUUUAAAAUUGUAUACGUGCCAGAAGAAAGCUGUUCAAAAGUGGAAAGAAAAUAGAAAUAAGAUCAAAAAGUAUAACAAAGGAAAUAAUCGAAACGAAAGGAGAGUAAAAUCGAGGUAUGAUGUGGAAGCUAACCCUCAACGAUCUACAUCAAUAAGCAGUGAUGAUUCUUUAUUUUGGGAUGUUCCCGCAAGUAGUGAAAAGAGUUCCGAAGACAUUGGAGACAAGGAUAAAAUACAAACGAUAGCGCCUUACAAGUCGAGACUAAUGGAACCUACAAAGCAAUGGCUGUAUAGAUGUAACAAUGAAAAUGACGCUAGAGCUGCUUGCAACAUUGAAACCGUAAAAAAAUUGAGUAUUCCCGCGUGGCGUAUUGGACUGCAAAAUUAAACGAUU